UAGCGGUAGAGGGUGACAGCGUUGCAUUGAAAAAGAGACACUUGCAAAUGGAAGGUGAGAUCUGUCUUCAGAAAGACAUGAAAAUACAAAAUGUCAACCUGGAAAAAUCUGAAAACCAGGAGAGACACAAGACACAGGGCUUCAGCAGCUGCAAAGCCCUGGUGGUGCGAAGAGGAGCCCCCUUUAGAGUCAGUCUGCCACUGAAGGGCCAAGCCUUUAACCCCAAGACUGACUCUCUGACGAUCAAAGUUACGCUAGGCCGCCUCUAUAUGUCAAUGCCUGUCACAUUCUCCAAGAAUGUUCCUUCCUCCCAAUGGAAAGCCUACAUGGACCCAAAGGGCCUGAACCUCCAGAACCCCUCCAUAUUCAUCUCCUCUCCUGCCUCCGCCUCCGUGGGCUGCUACGGAUUUCAGCUGUGUGUAGUCACUCAGGGCAGCCAAAAGACCUGUGCGUUUGGCAAAUUCAUCCUGCUCUGCAAUCCCUGGUGUCAUGAGGAUGCUGUGUAUAUUCCCUUUGAGGACCAGAGAGAAGAGUACAUCCAGAACGACUCUGGGCUGCUGUUUGUAGGGACAGCUAUGAACAUUGUGUCAAGACCAUGGUCUUUUGAUCAGUUUGAGCCCGGUGUUCUGGAGGCGUGCCUGGAUCUGCUUCAAGUCAGCCCUCAGCACCAAAAGGACGGAAGGAUAGACUACCUGAACCGAGGCAACCCCGUCUACAUCAGCCGGGUCGUGUCUGCCAUGAUCAACAGCGAAGACGACUGUGGUGUGCUGAAAGGGAAGUGGAAGGGUGACUUCAAACAAGGAGUUAAUCCCUCCUUGUGGACUGGGAGUGGGGACAUCUUGACACAGUGGGCUUCGUCUGGUUUCAGCCCGGUCCAGUUUGGACAGUGCUGGGUGUUUGCAGCUGUCAUGUGUACAGUCAUGAGAGUUCUUGGCAUUCCCUGCCGUGUCGUCACAAACUUCAACUCUGCUCAUGACACCAACGGCAACCUGGUGAUUGAGGAGUACUACAGUGAAACAGGGCAGAAGCUGAACCGCAGCAAAGACAGCAUAUGGAACUUCCAUGUGUGGGUGGAGUGCUGGAUGACUAGACAGGAUCUGGGAUCUGGAAUGGAUGGCUGGCAGGUUCUGGACCCGACCCCCCAGCAAAGGAGUGGAGGAGUGUUCUGCUGUGGCCCAGCCCCGGUCAAAGCAAUCAAAGAUCGACGCAUUGACCAGUUUUAUGACAUCCCCUUUGUCUACGCCGAGGUGAACGCCGACGUCCACUCACUCGUAGUGAGCGAGGGUCGCGUGGUCAGCUACAGCAAAGACACUGAGAGAGUGGGAUCCCUCAUCUGCACCAAAGCUAUUGGUUUCCCAAGACACCAAAACAUCACAGGAGACUACAAAUGCAUCACAAGCCCGACUUCAACACUGUCAUUGAGAAGUUCCACAAGGUCAGAGGACUCAACAUUAAGAAGAGGCACACCCAAAGGGGUGUUAGUCUUCCUGACCCUGGAUAAUGCUCCUGUUGCCGGGGAACCUGUUCGCUUCACAGUGAAAGUCAUCAACAAGCAGAAGGUUGCCAAGAAGAUGAGGUUGCAUCUCAACGCCCAGGCUAAAGAAUACAACAACAGCCCCUCAGACACCUUCUGGGAAACCAGCGGUGUACUACAACUGGCCCCCAUGGAAGCCAAGGUUAUUCACCAGCAGAUCCUCCCAGACCAGUAUGAGGGUGUGGUGGGAGAUGACCUAAUAAACCUCGCAGUGGUCCUGGAGGACGUGGCCAGUCACGAGUGGUUCUUGGCCUCAGAGGAGUUCAAUAUCGCCAGCUCACAGCUCACCAUACAGAUUGCAGAUAAAAACCUGAUUGUGAACAAAGAGCAGUCAGCCACAGUGACCUUCACCAACCCAUUUUCUCAGCCGGUCAGUGGAGUACUGACCGUAGCUGGGGCAGGGCUGACUCCGGGCAAGGUUCACUUCAGGAUGCUCCCGCUGCGUCCAGGAGGACGAAUCGAACAGCUCAUUACCUUCAUCCCCAGCAAUGUGGGAACCAAGAUGCUGCAGGCCAGCCUGUCACUCACAAACAUCAACUGCACUGUCAGAGGCUUCAAGAUGGUCUCCGUCCUCAGAGCUUAGAUCCGGGUUUUGUGUUUUUUUCCCUUAGGUGUCAACUUUGGGUAGGAUACUUACAUGUCAAAUGUCAGCGUUUGUCAAUGUCUUUUUUUAUUUGUUUUGUUAAGUCACCAAAUUGAGGCCAGAAGAUGGCAACCAUGUGGCAGCAUUAGUCGC